AAUAAAGGGAGUUCUGGCGGUUCCGAAGAUAUAUCCGACAGUGAAUGGCAAAUCCGGACAGGUCAGUCAGGCAUGCUGCCCUUGGGAGACGCACUGAUGCUACAAUCAGAUCUCCCUAUAAUCAUCGUUCCUUUUUCUUCGUUAUCGUAUAGGCCGCGCUAUCUAUAUCCUACAGCAAACGCUUCCUGACUUCUUCGAUGUCGGCCUUGUCUCAAGCAUAGACCCCACAAAGACACCGACACUCAUUAAUUCCAGAGAAUCAGAUUCGCUGGAAGUGGAAAGCAUUUACAGUCCCAAAGUGAGGUUGACGUACACUCCCCCUGUCGCCCUUCCUUCGCCAUUUCCAAGAACACUUGGCCUGGAAGGUUGGUAAUGUGCCUAUAUUACGUUCCCGUCAUUAAAGAUAACGAUGGCUUUCCUCAGGACUGCCGCUGUACCUGGCUUCAUCUGUCUUUAUCCGGCACACAAUGAGAACAUUGUACUCAGACCUUCGCGUAGAGCUACGCAAGGUGGCGGUGCAAGGAUCGCCGUCCGCGCAUUCAGAAGGCGCUGCAGUCGGAAGCCACUCGAAUCACCAGCGAGACAAGAGUCUCCUUAUUGGCUUGGAUGUGUAUGGUACGACACGCGUCAGCGGUGGCGUUGGGCAAUGGCAGAUAGACUCGACGUACAGCUUUUCGCCUAUUUCUGGGCUGAUACAGACGCAUACCAUCAAUUCCAUACAUCCAGCGCCGCAUCAGGCUGCAUAUGAUGCGCUAAGAGCAUCGCUCAGUAGUAUGUUUGGCUUCGGUGGGCCUGGGCCGGGGGAUAUUCAACCGGGAGAGGUUCGGGCGGUUGAUGGCGAUAAAGAGUGACCUACAUUUGUUUCAUGAAUUUUCCGCGUUCAUGUCUUCGCCAAGUAUUUAUUGCCUCGUUAACCAAGAUGAGCUUUACGAUCCACGUCCUGUCGUCGGCUGGCGUGAGAGUCGGCAGAUGGCGCAUACCCACAUCCAUCACUUGUUUCCAUCAUCAGGCUGACGUCUAGCCAGACUUAUAGAAGACGGAAAAGAGAUCUGAGACAGUCCGUCUGCUUGCACAUAAAAUCUGGA